GCCUCUGCGCUCCUGCCGCGCGCUCUCCGCCCUCCUCCGGCCCGCUAUGGCUCCCGGCGCCGCCCGUCUCGCGCUGCCAGCGCUCCUCGCCCUGAUAGGAGUUCUGCCCCCAGGACUUGGAGGUGCCCAAAUAUCAGUGCACCCCCCAGAAGCCACCAUACCCCGAGGAGGCACCAUACAGGUGAACUGUAGUACUUCCUGUGACCAGACCCCCACGCUGGGCCUGGAGACUCAGUUGACGAAGAAGGAAGUGGCCCAUGGGUCCCACUGGAAGGUCUUUGAACUGAGUGACGUACAAGAAGACAGCCAUCCCAUAUGCUUUGUCAACUGUGGCUAUCAGAUGAUGGCUCGAAUGUCCCUUACCGUGUACUGGUUCCCGGAGCGAGUGGAGCUGUUACCCCUGCCCCGCUGGCAGCCCGUGGGCGAAAACUUCACCCUGCGCUGCCAGGUGGCAGGCGGGGAGCCCCGGAGAAACCUCACCGUGGUGCUGCUCCGCGGGGAGGAGGAGCUGAGCCGGCAGCCGGCCGUCGGGGAGCCCGCCGAGGUCACGGCCCCAGUGCUGGCGGGCAGAGAGGACCAUCUCGCCAAUUUCUCCUGCCGCACGGAAUUGGACCUGAGGCCCGGAGGGCUGGGAUUGUUCCAGAACAGCUCGGCCCCCAGGCAGCUCCAAACCUUUGUCCUGCCAGAGACCCAACCACACCUUGCUACCCCCACAAUUGUGGAAGUGGGCACACAGUGGACUGUGAACUGCACUCUGGAUGGGCUGUUCCCAGCUGCGGAGGCCAAAGUCAUCCUGACGCUAGCAGAAAAGAAACUGGACUCUACAUCCCAGUACAGCAAAGACUCUGUCUUGGCCAUGGCCAAUGUCAAGGCGAACUCACAAAAGGAGGGGAUCCAGCAUCUGGCAUGUGUGGUGACCCUAGGAGGUCGAGACCAGAAGAGGGAGGAGAACGUGGUCCUCUACAGCUUCCCCGCGCCUAACCUGACCCUAAGUGAGCCAGAGGUCUCAGAAGGGACUGUGGUGACUGUGGAGUGUGAGGCUCAGGCUGGAACCACGGUGUUGCUGGAAGGCCUGUCAUCUGAGUCUCCAGCACACAGAGCAGAAAUCCGAUUAAACGCCAGCGCCGCAGACCACGGACGCAGCUUCUCCUGCUCUGCUACCCUGAUCGUGGCUGGACAGCUGUUGCACAAGAACCAGAUCCGGGAACUCCGAGUCCUGUAUGGUCCCCGACUAGACGAGAGGGAUUGUCCGGGAAACUGGACAUGGGAGGAAGGCUCCCAGCAGACCCUGCAGUGCCAAGCUUGGGGGAACCCAGUUCCUGAACUGAAAUGUCACCGGAAGGGGGACAGUGCUUUGCUGCCCAUCGGGGACCUGAGACCCGUCAAGCGAGAGGUUGCGGGCACUUACCUUUGUGAAGCCCGGAGCCCCCGCGGGGUGACCAGGCGCGAAGUGGUCCUGAACGUGACCUACCACCAGAAUAACAUGGCCAUCAUCAUCGUGGUGGCAGUUGCUGUCCUCUUGGGAACUGUGAGCGGAGCCGCUUACCUCUAUAACCGUCAGCGAAAGAUCCAGAAAUACAAGCUACAGAAGGCCCAGGAGGCAGCUGCCAUGAAGCUGAACACACCGGCCACACCGCCCUGAACCUGGGCCAGGAACCAGCCUCCCCCUCAGCCCCCCACACGGUGGCAGCAGUGCCACAUUGAACAAGGGUGGUCACAAGCCAUGGAGCUCCACCCAUCUUCCCAGGAUGCCUGAGGACAGGAUAGAGGCCUCAGGAUACAGGCAGGAUUUGGGGUCCUGUCACGGGCACACUUAGGAUCCCCAAGCCUCAUGCCUGACCUGGAGCCACAGGACUGAGCCACAAGGAGGGGGCAGGACAUGGGGCAUGACUGAGGGAUGUCAGGGCCUGACCUGUCUAGGGUGGGUGUGGUGGGACACAACAUGGGACCCCCAACUGGGAAACAGUGAAACACCCCUACUGCGUGUACUGAGAUGCUCUAGUCCUAAGAGAGCAGUAGCCUGCGCAAACACAAACAGCAUGGAAACACAUACCCCCAUACUUCCUCUGACAAAUGCCAGCUCCAGCCCUGCAGUCCAUGGACUGUCCCCAACUUUUAAUGAUGACAUAUUUAUUAAUUUGUUCUUUUACCAGCUAUUUAUUGGGUGCCUUUUAUGUGGGCUAGAAUGGUAAAGAAGAGGAAUGUGAGUUCCUGUCCUCAAGGAGCUCUCAAUCUAACCUCAUUCAGGGUUGCCAGGUAUGGGUGUGCUAGUUGUGUACUGCACAGGAGCACCUGGCCAAAAAGAUCAAGUGGGGCUGGAAUUUCCCAUUCCAUUGGCUAAGCUGCUUUCCUCCAGAAGGGGACUGACUAUGGUGAUACAGUUUAGUUGGUGCCAUGCCUAGGGGCAACCCACUGAGCCCUCCCCCCAUCUUUGACACUGACCUCUGUUAGCCCCCUCUCUGCCCAUAUGCAUCUCUGCAUAGUGCUCACAAUGUGGCAUGCCUAAACAUGAAUGCCCACGCAUUGGCAGCUAAAGCAUGGAGUCCUAUGAAACUAUUCCCAACCCCUGUGUGUCCCUGCCUUGUCCUGUUUCCAUCUCAGUGGGACCAUGCAAGACCAGAGCACUCUGGCAGCCCCAGGUUCCUGCAGAGAUGAGGACCCUGCAGGCAGUAGGGAGGAGAGGCCUGGGAAGAUCCCCUCCCCGUUCCAGAAGCCUCUCUCUCAUGCUAAUUAAGCUUUUUCAUAAACACUUGCCUUGUGUGGGUUGAGGGGAGCUGUCCCAUCCAGCUGAAGCCCUUUCCAGCCUGGUCCUCUCACUUCCCCCAAGAAAAAGCUGCCGGCUCAAGGCCCACCCCUCAGGCUCAAAUCCAAAUCUGGGGCUUGUUAGGACCUUGGGAGACUCAAGUGAAAAUUAAAGAUACCUCUUCA